AUGGCUACCACCUUGGGAUUCACAACGCCCUCCCUCAUUGCCGCCACGACCGGCAUUGUCGGAUCAGCAUGGACAUCGGGCGCAAUCGCAUCCAUCUCCCUGAUCGGAAUCCCCGCCUACCUCAGCAGCCCCGACACCUCAGCCCAGAUCUGGGCCACCAGCUAUGAGCGCGGGAAGAACACUAUGCCCAAGGUUGCCAUCGCUGUAGCCCUGGCAUACUUCUACGCCGCCUAUGAUUCCCACGGCCGUGACGCUGCUGGUGCGUGGAAGGGUUUUCUGGGUGCGGCGGGCCUCGUCCUCGUCAUCCUCCCCUUCACCCGGGCCGUCAUGAAGCCUACCAACGACUCGCUCCAUAGCAUUGCCAGUGGUUCGUCGGCCACCCCGCAGAUACAGUCCGGCGGUCUUCUCAAAAAGUGGUCUGCUCUCAACAUCAUCCGAAGUCUGUUUCCCCUCGCUGGCGCCGCUCUGGGCUUUGUGACGCUCCUGGCCAAUGCCACCGCUUAG